ACGCUGUCCCAAACGCCAAAACCGAAACCAAAAAAAAAAAAAAAACAAUGUCGGUGGCGAAUCCAAACGCUGUCUCUGUGCCUCCAUCCGAUUACGACGUCGAGUUUCGUAGCUUAUCAGACGACGCCUGGUACAGCGUUUGCACGGUUCUCGAUGGCGAGAAACUCACUCUCAAGUACCAAAAUUUCAGUGACGACGAUGACUCCAUUUUCGAGGUGAAGAAUUUCAAAACUUUGGAGGAACUAGAGAGGUUGGAGGACCGGUUCCGCCCUAUUUCUGCUCAAUUGCAGGACAACGAGUGCCACAAAGUGGUCGGAGGUGUCGUUGUUUGCGCCUCGCAUUCCUUCGAUGGCUCUGACAACCGCUUUUACGACGCCGUAGUCGAUGAUGUGGUUCAUAAGGAGCAUUCAUUUGAACAGGGAGGAGAAAUGUGUUCGUGCACAUUUAUCGUGAUCAUGCAGCAUGGUCCAGUCGCUGGGUGUUUUGUUAACAAAACAAUUGAAAGCCUCUGCCUUGUACAGUCCUAUGCUUGCCUUGAUCCUAAUUUACAGCUUUUCUUGAAGAUGGUGAAGGAAAGACUUCAAAAUGAACCUUGUGUACUUGAGAACAAGAAGUCAGCCACAAGCUUUACUAAAUGGCUUAAUCAGAAUACUAAGUGUGCCAAGCAGUCUCCUUGUAAGAAACGUCCACCUGAUGAGGCAAAGAGUAACGAUCACAGUGAUUGGUCUAGGGAUGACAAUGACCUCGGAGGCUGUAGCUCUGUGUUUUUGAUUGACAAUUUAGAUAAAGAUCUAUCUCCUUCAACAAUUGUGGAAUUCAUACACUCACGCACUUCACUCUCAGUUCAAGCAUGUGUCUUCCCAAGCAUGUCAUCAGAGAUGUACACACAGGGGGCCAUUGUGUUGAAUUGCAGAAAGAAUCUUGAGAAAUUGUCCAAAUUUCUAGAUUGUCAAGACCAUAUUAUCAUGUCAAAGAGAGGAAGGCCGUGGGUGGUAACUGGGAAUCUGUCUGGGUAUGAUUCAUUUGCAGUGUCAAUUCAAAACUUGAUGCAUAAAUAUCAGGAGAAUUGGCAGCAUAAAAGUACCGGCCAUGCUUUAAAAGUUGUUUGUCCUGGAUCUGAGGAAUACACGACUGCAAAGCAGCUGAGAGAUCUAUUCAUGGAGUUCACUGAGCAUCAACGGCGAUUACACAAGAGGCUAGCGAUGGAGGAGAGAAAGAUCUUGCAGCCAUCCCAAGUAGCAUAGGUACUUGAAUGCAUACUGUAUAUAGGUCUGUCAACAUUGUAAAGGAGAAGCUUACCGAAACUAAAUGACACGUGAUGGGAAAAAGGAAAUUAACCUCCCUUGUUUAGGUGUUUCAAAGAGGGCUUUAGUUUUGUAUCAGCAGACGGUGUGUCGUUUCGUUUGUUAAUUUUAAAAUUCAGUCAUUAGUGUAA